AUGACGUGGCAAUGUGGUAGCAGUGACGUGGCAGGCGGGCCAAGAUUUAUAAUAUUCCCAUUCUUUGCUCUUCCAGUCUUUGAAUGGCGUUCGCGGCUUCGCAAUAAUCUAGUUCUUUCGGGCGCUACCGCCGAGAAAAUAGGUUUCGAUCGAUCGGCUCCCAUGGAAGAUCCUUGCGCCGCUUCUCGGCCCAGCGCUAGCAAUGGCGGCAUCGAGAGCAGCUCCGUGCUCUUCGAGAAGGCCGUGCCGGUGAGGAUCAAGUCCCCCUCCGAGGAUCGCCUAGUGGAGCUCACGGUCCGGAUUAUUAUGGGCCUCAGCAAGCAUCGCCGAUCCACAAAGGUUUUGCAAAUCCAGAUCACAAACGAGCUCGAUCCCUUCUUCUUGUACUCACUGGAAGUGAAUGAGGACGAUUUCCAGGGACUCAAGGUGGAGCAGUGCAUUCUAGUGGAUUUUGGGACGUUUCCCCACAAAUUCAUAGAGCUACUCGAGCAUUGUAUCAGAGCUGGUGCUGGCGAGGCGCCAAGGUUCUUGGCGAUACUUAACGUUCGCACCGGGGACUCGACGUUUAGUGUGGUGGAAACGAACCAAUUCAAGCAUCUCAGCCAUCUCUCCCUGUGCUUUAGACAAGGAAAUGAUAGUACAAUCAAGAGCUACCUUGCCGGACGACUUGCCGAGUACAAGGGUGCAAACGUUGAUCUUCAUGAAAAGCUACGAAGAACUCUAGAAUCGUUAGAGAGUUCUCUUCAAGAUGUUGGAGAGCUCCGCAGUGAACUUGCCGAUUCCAACGAGAUGCAAUCACGUUCCAUUAGUGAGCUCCAAGUAAAGCACGCAAGGGAGUUGGCUCGCGAGAGAGAAAAGUCUUUGCAAGAGUGCCUGGAAAUGAAAGGGCGGCUGGAACGCGAAAAGGCUGAAAUGGAAUACCGACUGAUUCAAAAAGCCGGACAACACGAGAACCAAGUUGUAGAUCUGGAUAAACAGGUCAGGGAGCUGACUUCGACAAGGCAUGGCCUGGAAAUAACAAUAGCGGAGCUGAAAACAAAGCUAGAACUUAUGCACAAGGAGUUGCAAGAAAGGCAACAGGAGUGCGAUACCUUACGUACGAGGAACAAAAGCGUGGAUAAAGAACUCCAAGUCUCGUCAAAGCAGCUGAAUGAUAACCUGAUUCGUCUGGCAGCUUUGGAGCAGGAAGUCCAAAGCAAAAGCGAGCUGAUCGGCAACAUAUCGGGCCAGCUCGAGAGUAUCACUAUAACUAGGGCGGCGCUAGAGUCAUCGUUGAAAGAUGCACAGGCUGCCGCGGAGAAAGCCGAGGAGAAGGCCGCGGCCCGCGUUGCCGAGGCAAACAAGGCAAACCAGACGAUAGAGAAGCUCCAGGCCGAGAUAAAGUCGAGCAAGGCAAAGUUGAAGCUGAAAACGCAGGUUACAGCACAACAGGAGACGCUACUUCAGGAGCGACAGGCAACAGUCGAGAAGAAUGUCGCCGAGAUUGCUGCUCUCAAGCAGGAAAUCGCAGCUCUAAAGCUAGAGAUUGAAGCAUCAAAGAGAAAGGAAGCGGAUCUCCAGAAGAAAAUGGAGGACUCCCAGGAAUCUCUCAAGUCGAACCAGCAGAUGAUCCAGUGGCUGAAUCAGCAACUCACUGAUGCACAGCUUGGAAAGUACGCCAAGUACAGCACUACCAGCCGAGCUCUCUCACUCUCCUCGGCAAUCUCCUCGACUCCAUCACCAAGAGGUCCUCUCCUCCCGUCCAACACCCACAAUCUCCUCCAGCUCAAGCCAUCGAUAUCAGCGACGAGCAUCACCUCCAAAUCUCCAAGCUCGGCAGUAGCAAAGGCAGUCACAGGUGAUGGUGGUGGUGGUGGUGGUGGUAGUGGUAGCAGCAUUCCAGGAUUCACGAGCAAAGUUACUUUCAAGCCACCGCUCGCCGAGCUCAAUGCCAAGGCCGAGAAUUUGUGCAAGGAGAGGAAGUUUUUCACUCUGGAGCUGACGAGAAAUGGUCUCCCAAAGCCGCAGCUCUCAUUCGCGAGCCCAGCAGUGGGAGAUCUUCCAAGCAGAGACAGGGAAUUGGACGAGCAAAGGGGAGAGAAGAAGAGCUCUAUCCGGCUGGGCUCUCCAAUGGCUGCUUAAGUUAGAAAUCCACAGCGUGAGCAGAGUUACUGGGCAUUAGGGUUUACACGAGAGUGGUAGUAGAAAGAAAGGUAGGGGAUAUGGCUGGAUGAGAAUGGAGGCGUCGCAGCAAUCAGGGAUUGUGGAAGGCGCUGUGGAUUUGUGGCCAGAGCUGUCGCACUGCUGCCGAGCUUGAGGCGGCGCCAGAUUCGUCGGCCGUGGGUGUGGCAUCGAGCUCCAGGGUUUCUAGGUUGGUUCCAUUAGCAGUAGAUUGCUACAUUUUUCUCGCAUUCAGCACGACACGAUCGAGUUUGGACAGCUUGGGAAGUGGCUUGCCUGCAUUCUCUCUGUGUGGUGAGUGAAGUGGGAUUUCUCUCAAAGUUUAAGGGAAAAAAAGA